UGUACUAUGUGCUUCAGACACAGUAUAUUUCUGCCAGAGACUCAUUCGGAAAUCCAACUUUUGUUUGGGAUUAGGAAGGAUGAGAAUAGUGGUGGAAGAAGAGGAUUGGGUUAAGCUUAGAUGAGCUUGGAGGAGUGACAGGGACUUGGUUAGCUUUAACAAAUUUUUAACAACAUGCUGACAAGAGGAGCAAUCACACUGCUGCGCGGCGGCCGCCGCUCGCUGAGCACCAGCGCCGUCCGGCCGGCACAGGUGACCGUGCGGGACGCGCUCAAUGGCGCCAUGGACGAGGAGAUGGCGCGCGACGAGCGCGUCUUCCUGCUGGGAGAGGAGGUGGCCCAGUACGACGGCGCCUACAAGGUGUCUCGCGGCCUCUGGAAGAAGUACGGCGACAAGAGGGUCAUGGACACGCCCAUCACAGAGUCCGGGUUCGCUGGCAUUGCCGUCGGCGCCGCAUUUGCCGGCCUGCGCCCGAUUUGUGAAUUCAUGACCUUCAACUUCUCUAUGCAAGCUAUCGAUCAGGUUAUCAAUUCAGCAGCGAAAACAUUCUACAUGUCUGCAGGCUUGAUGAACGUACCGAUUGUGUUCCGGGGCCCGAACGGAGCCGCGGCCGGUGUGGCUGCCCAGCACUCGCAGUGCUUCGCGUCGUGGUACUCCAGCUGCCCUGGCCUGAAGGUGGUGUCGCCAUACAGCUCGGAGGACGCGCGCGGCCUGCUCAAGGCCUCCAUCCGCGACCCGGACCCAGUGGUGUUCCUCGAAAACGAGCUCAUGUACGGCACACCGUUCGAGGUCAAGGACGAGAUGCUGCAGGACCGCGACUUCGUCCUGCCACUGGGAAAGGCCAAGAUCGAGCGGCCGGGUAAGCACGUGACGCUGGUGGCGUUCUCUCGCCCGGUGGGCAUCUGCCUGGAAGCGGCCGACCUGCUGGCCGCCGAGGGCAUCGAGUGCGAGGUGGUGAACCUGCGCACCGUGCGGCCGCUCGACAUCGACACCGUGCUGCAGUCGGUCACCAAGACGCACCACUGCCUCACCGUCGAGCAGGGCUGGCCGCAGUGCGGCAUCGGAUCCGAGAUCGCCGCACGCAUCAUGGAAUCCCCGGCCUUCUACGAGCUCGACUACCCGGUGACGCGUCUGUGCGGCGCCGAUCUGCCGAUGCCGUACGCCAAGAGCCUGGAGGACGCGUCACUGCCCACCGCUGGCGACGUGGCGGCCGCCGUCAAGAAGGCGCUGAACGUAUCGUGAGGAAGCAGACUGUCCGUCGGGCGGGGGUGGGGGCCGAGAGCCGGUUAGGUGACGUUGAAAGCCACGAUUCAGUCAACUGGCGGUGUGUGGAGGUGCGCGGUCGGUCGGUACAAACGAGGUGGCGCGCUUCGUGCCGGUGUCUUGCCCCGCUGCUUCCCACCCGGGGGGUUAGGUAUCUAUCUGUGUGCGAAUUACUGACGUCAGCCGGCCUGCCGCGGGCCGGUAGCGCUGGCACUGCCGACUGGACGGAGACUGGAAGCGAGGGUUUACCCGGUGGGACUCAGGUGUGCGACAGGUGCAAUAUCGCGCAUACCUCGGUAGUUUGAAUUGCUGCAAGACGAAUAAUGUGUCCGUGACUGGUGGACGGUGGUAGAUGUGUGUGACAAUACAGGUCUGAAAGCGGA